UCUGCAGAGGCACCGAGAUGUCUGCAAGCAUGACCAUGGCAUGGAUGAUCAUAGCAUUCGCUUGUUUACAGGUCACUGACUCUGUAAUAAGAGUGCCUCUGAAGAGAUUCAGUUCCAUCAGGAAAGAGCUUAGAGCAGCAUGGAGACUAGCAGAGUUUCUGAGGGAUCACGAUCCUGACGUCUUUGCACGUAAAUACUCUCACUGCUACCCUCCUUCUCCUCACGGCCUCACCACCGGCAGAGAGAGGCUAUCUAACUACAUGGACGCCCAGUACUAUGGGAAAAUCAGUAUCGGCACUCCCCCGCAGAAUUUCACUGUGCUGUUUGACACGGGCUCGUCAGAUGUCUGGGUCCCGUCUGCAUACUGUGUCAGCGAGGCCUGCAGAGCCCACAGCAAAUUCAAGUCCUUUCAGUCCAAAACUUACACUCAUGACGGGCACACAUUCAACCUCCAGUACGGCUCGGGGCAGCUUCUAGGAGUGGUGGGAAGAGACACUCUCAGGCUGAGUGAUGUGUCUGUCAAGGAGCAAGAGUUUGGCGAGUCAGUGUUUGAGCCGGGCUUUACGUUUGUUAUGGCAAAGUUUGAUGGUGUGCUUGGCAUGGGAUACCCUUCCUUGUCAGAAGGGGGUGCUACCCCGGUGUUUGACAAGUUGAUGGAGCAGCAGCAGGUGGAGAAACCUGUGUUUUCUUUCUAUCUGAGCAGAGGGAGAGAUAAAGAGUGUGGGGGGGAGAUGCUGCUGGGAGGUGUGGACGACUCUCUCUAUACCGGCUCCAUUAACUGGGUCCCCGUGACUGAGAAAGGGUACUGGCAAAUCAAACUGGACCGCGUCAAAGUCCAAGGAAGCGCUGCCUUCUGCUCCGAUGGCUGCCAGGCUAUAGUGGACACCGGCACAUCUCUCAUUACUGGGCCGGCCGCAGAGAUCACGAAGCUGCAGGAGCACAUUGGAGCCACUCCCACACAGCAAGGAGAGUUCGUGAUUGACUGCACAAGAUUAUCCAGUUUGCCAAGAGUGGAUUUUACAAUCGGACAAGUUGAAUAUAAGCUGACUGCUGACGCGUAUGUGAGGAAGGAACAACUGGACAGAAGAGAAAUCUGCUUUAGUGGAUUUGAAGCCUUAGAUCUCUACAUCCAAUCAGGACCUCUCUGGAUUCUCGGAGACGUCUUCCUAGCAGAAUUCUACAGCGUUUUCGACCGUGGUAAUGACAGGGUGGGGUUCGCAAAAGCACGCUAGAGCACUGAUGUAAAACACAGGACAGUGUAAAACAAGAACGAGGGGCUGUUUAAUAUUAGUACUUCACACAUCGUGCUGACAACUAGGAGUCCUGGGUUUGAAAUCUGCAGUCAGCGUGAAACUAAAACAAUCAUUGAAUCAAGCUGUCACAUAACAAUUUCUAACCCUAAACAGUAAUUCAUUUAAUGUUUGACGUAGUGCUGAGACAAAUAGUGGAUAUUUCAUUGAAAUGAUAUUCGUGUUCCAUUUCACCGUCUUAUUAGCUCAUAUAACAACUUGGUGUCAAUGUGUCAAAAAGGUAUCAUGCAAAGGAAACCAAUGUGUAAUGACGUCAGAGAUAUUCUGAUGGUGUACCAGGUUUUUUGUAAUGUGCAUACGAAUUACUUUUAAUUUCCAAAUAGUUUACAAUUAAAAUAUUUCAAUUCAAAAUAUCUGAGCUUGAAAAAGUUUAACACAGUAAUACACAUU